GCAGCUUUGGCGGUUGAAACCAGGAUCCGCCGUCAAUUUCCACUUUUGACCGGCCGGCAGCAGCAUGACGAGCAUCAACCUCAGCGAAGGCGAGUGGCGGACCAAGCUCUCCAAGGAGCAGUUCCGCGUGCUGCGCGAGAAGGGCACAGAGCGCGCGGGUACCGGCGAGUACAACAAGCACUACGACGAGGGCGUCUACCACUGCGCCGGCUGCGACGCGCCCUUGUACAAGUCGAGCCACAAGUUUGACUCGGGCUGCGGCUGGCCCGCCUUCUUUGACGCGCUUCCCGGCGCGAUCACAGCCAUCCCGGACGAAGAUGGCUAUCGCGUCGAGAUUGUCUGCGCGGCCUGCGGCGGCCACAUGGGCCAUGUCUUCAAGAACGAAGGCUUCAAGAACCCGACCAACGAGCGCCACUGCGUCAACAGCGUCUCGAUCCGCUUUGCGCCAGCGUAAGCUUAUAACGAAUGCACACCUCCUUCAUAUCUGC